UGUUUGUUUGUUUGUUUGUUUGUUUGUUUGUUUGUUUGUUUGUUUUCGCGUAACAAUUAACCCUAAGCUGCAGUCAGCGUUUGUGUCCCGACUGAAGACGAUCACCUACACUGUGAUUUGUUCCUUUUUUUUUUUUUUUUUUUGUGGCGAUUCGGGCAAAGUUCAAUGUUAUGCCUUUUUACAUAGUCAAAGUCCUUUACUUCCUGAAUUUUUAGCUAUUCAUUUGUACUUUUCGACCGAGAAAACAGUACUUUACUACAAAAUAGUCAUGGAGCCACCAGCAGCUGAAAAAGUGAAGAAAGUAUUAUAUGUUAUUUACGUGUUAGUUACUUUAGACGUAACGUGUCUCUUCCUCCAGCUUUCAAUAACACCGUAUUUGGCAAGAAGGCUGGGGUUUGACACACUCUGGUUUGGGUACCUACAGACAACUGUAGGAGUGAUACAGCUUCUGGGGGGUCCUCUAUUUGGAAGGUUUGCAGAUAUUUUUGGAGCACGUGCAGCACUUUCCCUAUCCUGCUUUGCAUCAGUCAUUUACUUUUUGUUGCUAGCAGCAGCAGACAGUGUUUUGCUACUUUUUCUGCACAAACUACCUGCUGUGUUCAUGCAUACUUUGCCAGGAUCACAGAUGGUUGUCACAGACCUGUCUGAGAACAACAAGCGAGCAGAUGCCCUGGCAAAGCUUGGUCUCUGUUUUGGUAUUGGCAUGAUCACAGGGUCAUCAUUAGGAGGAACCUUGAGCAUGCACCUUGGGGAAAAGUUUGCAGCAUAUGUGGCAUCUGUAGGAAGUGUUAUCAAUCUAUUGCUGGUGCUGAAAUUCAUUCCUAAACACACAAAAAAACACAACACAAAAAAGAACAAUGACACUGGCUCUGUGUUUAAUUUGGGGGAGAUUGUCAGGCUGCUGAGGUUUCCAGGUGUUGCAAAGACUUUCACUGUGAAGAUAAUCUCAGGUCUGCCAUCUGGUGUUUUUCAGGUUAUGUUCUCCAUCAUUGUCAUGAACUUUUUCCAGCUGCAGGCAGAGCAAAAUGGGUACCUCAUGGCAUACCUUGGUGUGGUGCAAAUGGUUAUUCAGGGUGCUGUUAUUGGUCGUCUUACCACAAGAUAUUCAGAUUACUCAUUACUAUUGUUUUCAGUAGGCCUGAACAGCUUGGUGGGGCUUGCACAGGCCCUGGCCACUAACAUAUUUCAGUUCUGCUUUGUUGUUAUUCCAAUGAUGCUGUCAAUCAGCAUCUUCAAUGUCAUCACAGACAGCAUGCUAACAAAGAGUGUCCCAGCAUCUGACACAGGGACCAUGCUAGGUUUGUGUGCAUCUGUGCUGCCUCUAGUGCGCACAAUUGGGCCAACCAUUGGAGGAUUCCUUUAUGAGACUUAUGGUGUGGCAUCUUUUGGAUACAUUCAGUUUAGUGUCAGUGCUAUAACCUUUAGCCUGCUGUUCAUGUCAAGCAUGAAGAAGACAACAACACAUUACAGAUGAACCCUGUCUGUAGUUAAUAUGUAUGCAGAUUUUCUUUGCACUUCAGGUAAACUGAUGUGUAUUACUGUUUGUUAAAAUUCAUGAUUAAUCUACCAUGUAAAUACUAUUUGUUAGGACACUGAUUUUAGCUCUAACUUAAUAUUUUAUUAUAUUGAAUCUUAUUUGACAAUAAAAAGAAUACAUUUUUGUUAAGCAUGCAAAUGUGUAUGAAUAAAUUAUACUGAAUCUUU